AUGACAAAAGAGUACGUUAUUCUUCCCGAACCUACACAUAAUUUCGGAUACGGAUUUGGUUACAUUCCUUUGACCAAUGAGUACAAAGUUGUCGCAUUGUGUAAGUCAAGCAACUUUAUAGAGGUUAUGGUAUAUACUCUUGGUAGCGACAACAUUGGAUGGAGAAGUGUUGGAAUGUUUAUACAUGCAGGUCAGUGUGAUACUGAUAUUAACGGCAGACUAGGUGUCUUUGUGAAUGGAGCUCUUUAUUGGGUGCACGAUGGAAGGGAAAUUCUUGUCUUCUAUUUGGCUGAGGAAAGAUUUUACUUACAUAUUCGACUUCCACCACAAGGCGGUUAUCUGAUGGAUGAUAAAAUAGGGGUUUUAGGUGGGUUUUUGUUCCAUACCAUGAGAUAUUCCUAUUCAGACGACUCAGCAGCAUCUCAUGACGUAUGGCUAUAUAAAAAGAAGAAUGAUAAUGAUGACAUGAAACAGCAAGAUGUGACCAAAGAGUUUAAACUUCCUGCGGAAGAAAUCUUAGACUUUACGAGGAGUGGGGGGAUUUUAACUUACAGUUCUAACAAUCUCAACCUUUACGAUCCAAAAACAUCAACCUCGAAAACGCUUGCAUUUUUCAGGGAAGGCUUUCGUCGAGUAUUCCCUCACAGGAACACUCUACUUUCGUUGGAAGAAUUAGGAGAAGAAGAUACAGAAAUAAUGAAGUCAAGGUAG